AUGUCACGACAUCGUCACCACCAUCAUUUUAGGCUGUCUAGCACUUGUUGUUUAUUACGUUGGUGUCCGUGUUGUUACGCGGAAGUCGAGUCAGAUCAACCGGAACGACUACGGCACACCGUUCUUACACCGGAACAUCUACAGUCCACUAUACGUAUUCAACCGACGGAACGUGACGUCGUCAUUGUAAAGUGUACUGGUGCUAAAGCUACUGAAUCUCCUUCAACUACCACAAAAACUGCUCAAAUGACAACUACUACAAUGCUCACAUCGUUAGACGUUAUUACACCCCCUAAUGGCAACGAACCGGGAAACUUUGCUACUGCACUUCCAGCACAAUUAGUCACUCAGAGCGCACCAAAUACUCCGAUAGCACAUCGUAUGGCAAGACAGGAAGAAAAUCCUGACUUAGAAGCACAGCGGCACCAGAAUCUGGUUGCACCUCCCGGUAAACCGCUUGGCAACAAUUACUACAGAGCUGGAUUAGGAACACUUUAUGAAGGAAUUUUCGCAUGUUUCCGGCCAGUAUGGGGAUACUUUGGACGGAGUAAUAAUGAUUUAGUCAAAUCAAUAGAAGAUGAUUGGGAGAUACCAUUUGAAGCGAUUACGGGUUUAGAAUGGCUCGGUGCGGGUUCACAAGGCGCAGUAUUCAGAGGAUCUCUCAAUGGUGAAACUGUAGCUGUGAAGAAGGUCAAACUGAAGGAAGAGACCGACAUCAAACAUCUACGGCAUUUAGAUCAUGAAAAUAUUAUCAAAUUUAUAGGUGUAUGUACACAAGCUCCAUGCUAUUGUCUAGUAAUGGAGUACUGUCCAAAUGGUCAAUUAGGCGACGUUUUGAAAUCGGACAGGGUUAUAGGCUGGCAAGAAUGGUGUUCUUGGAGUAGGCAGAUCGCUAAAGGCAUGGAAUAUUUACACGAAAAUAAAGUCAUACAUCGCGAUCUGAAAAGUGCAAAUAUCCUGUUCGAUAAGGAAGGUGUGGUGAAGAUUUGCGAUUUUGGCACAUCACAUCAACAAAAGAAACAAACCAGUACGGUGAUGUCAUUUUGCGGUACAGUAAGCUGGAUGGCACCGGAAAUGAUUAGAAAACAACCGUGUUGCGAAAAGGUUGAUGUUUACUCCUAUGGUGUUGUGCUAUGGGAACUGCUGACAAGAGAACAACCAUACAAAAAUAUCAACCAAAUGGCGAUCAUAUACGGAGUAGGUUCCGAAAAGCUGUCACUCCCCAUCCCAGAGACGGCACCCGAUGGUUUGAAAAUGUUGAUGCGACAAUGUUGGAGUAAAACUCCAAGGAAUAGGCCAUCUUUUACACAGUGUUUGAAGCACUUGAAAAUCCUCUAUGAAGAAUUUAAGGAAAUGGGUGAUGAGGAAUUCUUCCGUCGGUCCGCUAAAUGGCGUGCAGAUGCGGCCAAUAUAGUGUAUCCAGCGACGAUCACAAAAGGCGACGCUUUGAAUCUUGCUGAACGCGAAGAUGAGAAAGAGCUGAUCCGAAAAAGACGCGAGGAACUGAAGCAUGCUCAGGAUAUCCGUGAAAUGUACGAGAAUAAGCUGAAACGGACCAACAAAAUGUAUUCCAAGUUGACCGAAUGUAUGAACGAGUUGCUGCUGAAAGAAAAGGAACUAGAACAACGCUUGCGAAUGCUCGAUGAACAACAACGUUACUACCCAUAUUUGUACCCGAGCACUAGCCGACCUACUGUAGUUCGCGCUGGACCACGAACUAUGAGAGGAUCAGAGCAAGAUAUCUACUGUACUGCAGUCGAUGCUUCUUAUGGUAUGGAUGUCUCGUCAAGCGAGGAGGAACUGCCAGAAUAUAUUCGUGGUUCACCGUAUAGAUGCAGUCAGGCUAGUAGCUCAUCCGGCUUCCCCUCAUCCGUCUCAGCCACAUUCUCGCGACAAUCCUCAUCUCGCAGUUCAGCUGGCAUGCGACGUCGUGACAGUGCCCUACGGGAAUCGCCUGCUCGAGGCCACCAUAGUCCCUUCUCUCGUAGCCCCUACAUGCGACAUUCCUCUUCUUCGCAACAUUGUUCCGAGCUUGUUCGGAACUCACCAGCACGGACUAGUGGAAUGUCGGAGGACAGUGGUGUACAUAUGUGGAAUGAACCUCCUAUGCUCCAAGGAGGACAACCUGUUGUCUACUCGCAAACUUUAUUCCGUAAUGUGGAUGGUCGUUGGUCAGAUAGUCGAAUUGUAUCACGAAGAAAGCCAAAGCGUUCAACAAAUACAAACUUCCAACGGGACAGUCCGGCUCGGAUACCACAGAGUCGUUCCAAGCAGAGAGCUUCUUAUCCGUCGCCCAUGCAUCUAGAUCUGGAAAGUUGUUGUACUUGUAACAAUGAGAACUGUCCUCGACAAUUACGGGCCCGGUCAAUGAUCCACGAACGCUUGUCCCAUUCGCCGACGUCUUGCGAGGACCCAACUGAGUUGAGUGUGUCAAAUCUCCCGGCUUCUACUUCCUAUGAAGAAGCGCUUCGACAUGCAGUAGAUUUGCCAUCGUCAUCAUCUGAACAUCGCUUGUCGACGGUUGUAGAGCCGACAUCUUCGAAAAAUAUGGGCUACACGAACCCGAUCUUCAUAUCGCCCGUCACCUCGUUUGACCAUCCAAUGUCUUCGCCCGAAUCACCAACAAGUCCGAUAUCACCCAUAAGUCGAAAACCAUCAGGACAAAUGGCCAACGUUGAUCCCAAUAUCAAUCUGUUCUCGCUUGAUGAUAAUAAUCCUCAUGAGCACAAACAACAUAUACAAUCAGAUGCAUCGGGAGAAAAUAGUACGGAUGACGAAAAAGACGAAGAGAAUGGAAAUGUCUUGGAUUCAUCACUGGAUUCACAGAAGGCCUUUAGCGCAUUGACAAAGACCAGCAGUGAAGAGGACAGUUCUGGGAAAAGAAAACGCGAACUAAUUAUGCUGACGUCCUCAUCAACCAUGGCUUCAUCAUUGGAACGAUCUCUCGAACAAGGCGCUAUGCAUUCCGAUGGACUUAGCGAUAAGGAACGUCGCGUACGGGCUGUCAAAAACACAAUCCGCGGACAUCGGCGAACACAGUCGCCGUUGCAGAAUCAACAAUCCGUGAUCAUGUCGAAAGUGGACGAAACCAGCUCGGAAACAGAUUCCGACGACGCUGUCGACAUUUAGCCCCGCACCAAAAUUUGGCAGGGCGCACUACGAAAAUCAAUGUGAAGUUGAGGCUCCGCCCCAUCUCACAUUUUCUACCCAACUUUUCUGAAUAUCAAAGAAAAGUUUACAAAUGAUAUGAGUACUCGGUGAAAAACCAAAUCAUAAGAAAAUCGGUGUUAAUGGUUGUGUCGUCAAAUUGUGUGUAAUUUUUCAUAUGUUAUUAUUGUAUUUUUGCUCCUGAUGUUAUCAUUCAGACGUCACACUUAAAUUGACGCUGAUUUACACAAUACUGCUCACUCUUGCCCCAAUUUUGGUAGUUUUGUAGUGUAAGUAAUGUUAGAAUUGUAGUUGAGUUUCUUUUCAUUGUAGCUUGGCUCUAAUCAUCUUAUUCUGUCGUAGUGUGAUAGAGACGCAAAGGAAUUGUAUAAUUAGUUGUGUCGUCAUUUCUCUCAAUUUCAUUUAUCAUUUCAUGUAGCAAUCGAUAACAAUCGAUAAACUCAUUAUGUAUUUAUGUAAUAUUGUAAUGUAAUAACUUCU